AUGGGAGGAAAAUUCUCCACCACAAGAGGUCCUUGUGGAAGACGUGAUUCAAUCGAAGGUGAUGGGCCGGAUGGUGAGCUCUGCAGAAGACAUCCAACAUGCGGCGUAGGAACUUUCUCCUGGGGGCGGCACACAAUGUAAAUAAAGUUAAGCUUGCCAAUAAGGGCAACUGUAGUUGGCGUUUAGUACAAUGAUGUUUAGUGGACCAGGGAGAUCGAUGAUUUCGGCAAGGCGAGUAGGAUCAAUGCGAAGUUCCUGGGAGACAGUGUCGAGUUCGAUGCCAAGAAGCACAAGGUUCGUUGUAGGAGAAACUGUUUAAAAGGGAUUGGUAGCAAAUCCAAGGUCAGCACAGGUACGAAGCAUAACAUUAAGACUCGAAGAGCAAGCGGCGCUUGGUGCAAGAGGGCCACAUCCCCAAAACAUGGGGGGUAGUUCCAAAGGGGUUCCAUGGAGCGCCAUCGUGUAUCACAAACCGUUGACAAAUUUAAGAAAUAGCGCCGGCGAACUCCAGAGACCAAACGGAAGUAACAUGUCUAAGAAAUAACCAGUACGCGUAGAACCGUCAGACAUAACGAGGGGCUAAAUGGACCCCAAAAUCUCCCAGUCACGAGGGUCGACAAGUAUAAGGUGGAAGGCGUGAUCGAGUUUGCUGAUUAGAGCAUUGGGACCGAACGAUUUAAGGUAAGAGAUAGCCUUGUCGAUUGAGUCGUAGGAGCAAGUAUAUAAUUCCUUGGAGAAUGCGUCGUUAACAGACUGGCCAGCGGGCCUCGAAAGAUCGUUAAUGAUACGCCAUUUGGGAGGCUGCGAGUGCUUUUUUGGAAUAGCACCCAUCGGAGACCAAACAGAAUUCGAAAACGUAGGUGCAAGGAAAGGCCCGGCAAUUCUGUUCAGGGACAGUUCGUGUUCCAGUUCCUGUGCGACGAGCGCAGGUUUAGCGGUUGCGGAACGGUGAUUUGAGGAAAUCAAGGGGUACGAUCAUGAUUAAAACCAAUACGAACGCCAAAAUUAAUGUCGUGUAAUAAUUCUCUUACAAAAUUACGGUCCGGGUAGGUACGUAAAGGGUCACGCCAAACGUCAAUUGGAAACAGACAGCGAACUUCUGGUAAAUAGUAAACAAUUGGCCGCGGAGUGGUCCCCCCUGGCAAGACUUGUAAACAUUGGCGCAUUUGCAUUUCUCUGAAAGAGGUUGCAUUCUUCUUGGCUGGAGGGGGCGUACAAGUUUGGGUACUUCCACGGGGAAUUUUUUCCAUUUCCGGUCUUCUUUUCUUCUAUCUGUUCUGGUGCGGGAAAUCCACAGUCCUUCACCAUAUGGUCAAAGGACAUGGCAUUGGCCGGGGUUUUUCUGCCGUGCGGUGGGAAUUUUCGGUGUUGACCGAACGCUGACACAUCUUUGGCCGUAGGCCGAAGCCACGACAAAAACCGGAAACCGCUCUAGAAAAGUCUCUGGCACUCAGGGUAAGGGGUCAAAAAUCUUGAUGGCAUAUACCAUCCUGGCUUGAAUGUCAAACAGGUAAACAGGGGGCCAUUUACGAUUAGCGAGUUGUGUUGGAUCGCGAUAAGAGGCCAGUUCAGGGUACCGGUGGGGAUGGGAAGCCAUGCCGAGUUUCUCGUUAGCAUACCACCCUUGCAGCCACGUGUCAAAGGAAUCAAUAUGUCGCUUUCGGGGCGCUUAGAUUUCGUUAGUAAGGCUUGCAUAUCCUUGAGCUGAGGGCAUGUUAGCCGAUGCGCAUUGCCCCACAGUUGCGAAAAAAAGGCUAAGGGUAGAAAAGCCAGAAAAGUCCAUGUACUCACCCUCACGCCUGGUUCAGUUUAUCUGGUGGGGGGGGGGGGGAGUUUUUUUGCUACGCGUGGCUUAUCGAACGAAGUGGGCGGUGUUGGCUGGGGCGAUUGAUUUGAUGGUACUUGAAUCUGUUUCUUUAAGCCAUUAUGUUGCAUUUGGAGGUUCUCCAUUUGCGUCGACAGGUUACGGAUACGCAAUAGGUUCCAAAAAAACUGAAGUGGACGGAUCUGUUGAUGAUGGGCCAGAGCUUUCAGUUGUUUCCUGAACACCUUAGUCGUCGUGAUCGACGAACUGUUUGGCUUGCCCCUAGCAAGGCCUGCUAGACUACAAUGAAAAGCUUACGAAACGCUAACAAAUACAACGCUAAACUUCAAGAUAACAAAACAAACGUGUGUUCAUAAUCCGAGACAUAAUCUUAUCUGGUGAAUGAUUCGAUAUUAUUAUCACUAUUUAACUAUAGUUAAAUAUUACUAAAUGUACAGGGUGCAAGAAUGUCACUAUACAAUGCGUUGGUUGGUUUGUCCUUUUAUUUAUGCCUUAAGCAGAUCUUUACGUGCCGUUGAUCAGAUGAUCAUACCCAAUCCCAGGUCCGUAGUCCGUUAUAAACUAUUUUUUACGGAACCUCUUAAAUUUCCGAAAGAGAAACAAGUUGAAAUUAGUGAAAUGGUCGCCGUAAAAAGAUUUGCAAACGAGCGCAAAUGAGUGCCAGCCUUUCGUUAGAGCGCAAUCACACUGUUUCAUCCCUUUGCUUAAGGGCUAGCACUGGAGACUUCAUCUGUCGUAUAUUUUCAUUUCGUGGUGACCAGUUCACCUUUAAAUCAUUUAUUGUUUCGUCCCGGGCCGGGUUGUUCGAAGUUGGGUUAAGAUAACCCCGGGGUUAGUGCGAAAUUUGAACUCAGCCAUGAGAGCUUAAAAAGCAAAUUCAGUUCCAUUCUCUUUGCCUACAAUUUGAUGAUUGGAUACUCUAAAGAGCAUAGAGAAAAUUAUCGCAAGAGAGUGCUUUUGAUGAAAAGAAAAAGAAACCCAGGUUAAAAUAAAUUUAACCCCGGGUUAGCGCUAACCGGCGUUCGAUUCACUGGGCCCUGUUUGUUUGUUUGUCUGUUUUUUCGCCUUCCAACUAAGGUGUAGAUCCCUGGCUUAUCUGUUUUGCACAACAGGUCCACCAAUAAUACCUAAACUAAGUGCCUUUCGUCUACGAAAUACGAGACCAAACGGCAGUGCAUAUUUCAGUUGCAAGGCAAACCAGCUUAACUUUCAACAAAGGGCUUCUUACAAGUGGAAAUGGAUGUUCAUAAACGAGAAAGAAAUAAUGGAUGUAUAUGGGAAGUAUAAAAUACUUAGCACGUUCUCAAGUCCCAAUUCUUGUCAGCAAACGAUGGGUGAGGUUGAUCUUCGCGUUGAAAAUUUAACCACGGAAGAUCUUGGAACAUACAAGUGUGUGCUCUUUGAGAAUGAAGUGGAAAUUGCCGCAGAGGACGUCCCAUUCUAUGAAUACGGUAUGUUGCGUGUUCUAAACUGUACUUGCCUUGUAAGCUUUGAUGAGAAGGAUAAUGCCUUGAUAAUUAGAGCUACAUAUUCACUAACCUCAAUUUAUCCGAGGCUGAAUGGAGCCUGAAAAAAAUGAAAAAAAACAAAACAAAACAGAAAACACUCCCAGCAUGCUGAAAACAACAAACAAACAAACACACACACACACACACACACACACACACACACUAAGCAUCACAGCAAUCACAGUAGUACAAUUCGUUGAGUCGAGGUGUUCGAUAUAACGAACAGAUUUCCCCAGUCUCUUAAUUGGCACUUCGUUUAAUUGAGGUUCCACUGUACUACGUGCUAUACGGACUGUGCGAUAAUACUUUGUUCAAAGCCUUUGCCCUAGAACUUCCAUCAGCACGCUCCGUAUGAAGCUGAUGGAGUCCUGUUAAAGACGAAUUCAAAGAUAUUUUUCAGCAAAAUGGCUGGUGUUUAAACUUAAAAAAACCCAACGUAAACGCAUUUCAGCGCAUUUAAAGAACAGAUGCCCAACUAACGCGAUACGGUAUGACGUCUGCGAAUUGUGAACAUGUGUUUUGUUACCUCGAGUUUUGCUGAUAUCUUAAGGCUAAUGUUCCCUUGCAAUAAUCGCUUCCAUUUUCUCUUGAAAUUCAUCGCAAAAAGCACUUAUAGAGUCCUAAAACGGCCACUAAAAACACAAAUCGAUAGAAAUACUCCUUUCUAGGCUUAACUGCAGAAUAUCCUGUCACUUUAAAGCAACCCCUAAAAAUAGGUGGAUACGCUGAUAUGCAGAUACUCAGCCACUACGUAUCUGCGUCUCCACUUUGUCACUUCGAUCCGCGUAUCUGCGUAUCCACUUAGUAAAAAUCCUUUAAGUAAUAGUUACUGCGUACCCGCUAUCCACUUCGUCAUACACUUAAAACAGCUUAUAAAGCACACAGUAUGUCUAUUUGACGUUCUUAAAGCCACUAAAGGUAAAAGAAAAGCGUAUAAAAGGGAUAACUGCGUAUCCACGUAUUCAGCUCUUUCAGGGAUAGAGCUUCGAAGGGAUAGGGUCUUCUGCAGUUACUCAUGUGACCAAAGCAACAUACACCUUGUGGGGUGACCAUAUGAGAGAUUUUACGGACAGGCGGGUUACUCCAACUAAGCGCGUUACCUCACCUACCUGGAGUCACUCACCUCCAUGUAAACAGGCCCUAAAUUGACGUGGAUAACAGAUAAAGAGGUAGAGCGAGAGAUAAAAAAAAAAAUACAAAGGAGACCAAUUUUGUUGGAAUAAAAAAAUGAAAAUUUUAUAAAGGCGGUGAGAAAAUGAGAAAUGCUAGCGGCCACCAAGGUGCAAAUGAGCGGCAGUGAAAAAAGUGAACAGAAACGCAUAUAACAUUUCCUCUAUAAAACGUGUAACAAUGAGGUUUCUGGAAGUUUCACGUUCUAGUCGUGCAAAACAACGGGAAAGAAAUAUGCAAAAAGAAAAAGUUUGCUGCACGUUCAAAGUUGUUUUUUUGCUAAUUAUAUGUAGACAUACUGAUUUUGUUGGCCCUUUUCGUUGUCGUCGCCGCCUAGCAUUACACGACAUAAUAUUUUGUUUGAGUAAAAUAUAAAUUUACGAGAGCUUCGCUUUUAGCCCUAGCUAAAUCUACGUACGAAAUUCGUCUCCUUUGUUUUUUUUCUUUGUUUGUUUAUAUCUCGCUCUUGCACUUUCUCUGUUAACCAUGUCUCAGCUAAUAACAUUAACAUUAAGAUUUAGUCAAAUAAAAAGAUAGACACGGCUUUUCUGUUGUCUUUUCUUUCUUGGUGGCCAUGGAUUUACCGCCAAAAUGCCGCGGGUACUUUAAACGCGAAUUUCACCCCGGCUUACUUGAAGGGGUGGACGUACGUACGUACGGACGAUUUUGUUCAAAACCAACAUUUCUUGGAUACAUAGAUAACCAAAUUUUCUUAGCCAUGGUGCUCCGUUAUUAAUGACGACGUUGUAAUCUUAACUUGCGGCAUUAUAACAUACCGAAUUGUUUACAUUUAUGAAUUCCGAAUACUGUGAAAAUCUGAUGGCUGCACACAGGGCUAACUGGAGGCUUUUCGAACCGUUGAAAAGAUUUUUGCCCCAUUUUCAUGUGGUGAUUUACAUUUGUAUGGAAAAAAACACAGCUUUAGAUAACUGGAAAAUAGUUGGAAGAGCGUUAUUAUUUAAACGUGUGAAAAGGUGCCCAUUCUCACCCCUUAAAACGCACAAAUGCCAUUAACAGAGCCCCAGCACAGGGCACCCAACAAUGGCUUCGCCAGAUUUGGAAGGAAGGGCACGUCACACUAUUACGAAUACAGGUAUUUUAGAAGGAUUUCCACUGACAGCCUCACUUUCGUGUAUGCCAUUUUAGGGCCUGCGCAGUAUUGGUGUCAAGUGGUGAAUUUGGAUUGGCUCCAUUUCCAAAAUAAAGUUUCAUGCUUUUAUCAUAAAAGUGAACAAUUUGCUGUAUUUUUGGUCGCUAACACCUGGACUAAUUUGGUUACAGCGGAAAGCCGGGCUUGGGUUCAAUCUUGAUAAAUGCUACAAGUGUAGCUGCUGUUUUAGAACUGAUCUAAAGGAACAGCCACAUUUGGUAAACUACACAGGUGAGAGUUUAAUGAAUUCACUCCGGGUAGGGCAGAGAUGUAAAAGGCCUGUUGCAAAACGCGAUGCAAAACCACAGCUACCCCGCUAAAAAAAAUCACCUGUUUCCCUUCACUUCAAUUUCCAACGCAUUCCACCCAGACUCAUCUGAUCCAUUCUCCUUACGGCCCUAAUAUGGUUUGCUCUCAAUGCGGUCGUUUCAGUAAAACUGCUUGAAGUCACUUCAACAGAUAUUGAGCUUCUUUAAAAUGGUUUACUUUCAGUAAGCUCCAACGUUCCACCACGUCCCGAAAUUGUAAAAAAUGAGACCUUUGCCUGCGGUCGUAAGAUAGAAGUGGAGUGGAAACCGAUAGAAGGAAGUGGAGUAACUGGAUAUGAACUCAUCAUUUCAUCACUAAAGGAUGGAUCCGACGAAAAAAAGUUUAANUGAGCUUCUUUAAAAUGGUUUACUUUCAGUAAGCUCCAACGUUCCACCACGUCCCGAAAUUGUAAAAAAUGAGACCUUUGCCUGCGGUCGUAAGAUAGAAGUGGAGUGGAAACCGAUAGAAGGAAGUGGAGUAACUGGAUAUGAACUCAUCAUUUCAUCACUAAAGGAUGGAUCCGACGAAAAAAAGUUUAACCUGUCAAACAAAGAUCAUUCAAAGAAGUUUGAUGUCCAAAGUAGCAAUCUUUACGAAAUACAAAUCAGAGCGAAAAACUCGUUGGGCCAUAGUUUUUGGACAAAACGUCAACUGGAAACGAAAGCAGGUACUAAUUAAAUUGUAAGAAAAAAGUCAUAUGUUACCUUAUUAUGUGGCUUUCUUAGUCGCAGUUUAUCAUACUUAUCGUGUUUGUUUUGCAACAAUUACAGCAUAAUUACACAAGUUCGCAUUUUAUAUGUCGCUGACUAUUAGAUCGAUUUAGAAUGACGUUUACGGCAAAAGGAAAUACUCAACAAUAGAAAACGUAAAGGUAAAAACAGUCCAAAACAGUUGUUAUAGACAAAACUAACGUGAAGCUGCUAAUUAUGGGGUAGGAGUAAGAAACAGUUAAGCACAAGUUAAGUGGAAACUUGGUCACGUGGUACAAUUUCGUAAACGUGACCCUCAAUCCAGAUAUUCGUAUAGAUUACAAAUGCUCCUCUUUGGAGUUUUUGCAAUAACUACAAAAACAACGACAAAGAAUUAAACGAAUGAAAGUCUCACAAUAAACACACCAAGUUUACUGAAAGAUGAAAUGUUUGGUUAUUUCGUCUUCGCGAUACGUGUGAAAUGUUGCGCCAUUUUGUCUCUACUUUGUUCUACUAUAACAACAAAAUCUCGUCCUCCGGGCUUCUCAGGUUGCUGACCCUUCUUCUGGUCAUCACCCUUUAUUAUUGUUGUCAUUUUCCUUUGUUACGUGCCGGAAUAACAAAGAGAUGUCCGCGAACUAUUGUUUAUUUCGCAAACGUCUUCCAAAUUUGGACAAGGCUAUCUGAUUGGCCGUGAUGUUUGUUCCAAUAGAAAAGGGAAGAAUAUUUUGAAUGAAUAAUAAUUCGACUUUUAAAGUUACUAACUGUCAUUAUCAUAACCACAAAAGGCUAUUUUCGUCUUAAGUUACAAAAUGCUCAACAUCAAAUCUUCCGGUACAGAAUGAUACCCAUGCAGUAUCCAGCCACUUCAGUUUAACAUUGCAAUAACUUUGCUAUAUUCUUAGUCGCAAGAGCUCUGAAAUUUGGCCCAGAGAAAAUCUAUUUAGUCCUUAAUAUGAUGAAAGACAGUUAAAUUUUUUUGCCGUCGUUUCCAUGGCGAAAUUAAUAUUUUUGCAGAGCUCCUAUGUUGCCCAGUAUCCGGCCACAACAAUAACAACUUAAUUAUACAUAAAUUUCGACAGGCAAGCGACUUAUAAACUCCUCUUGCUCUUGCAAAGUAGUGGUAUUCGAUUCCAAAAAUAUAAAUCGAUCGGGGAAGCCAGAAUAGUGAAACAAAACAUAACAAAUGACUCGGUAUGGUGGGGAGAACAACCAACGCGGGCGGCUGAUCAAGGUUAGAGAUAUGGAAAGAAAAAAAAAAAAAACGAAAAAAGAAACAAACAAAAAAGUAAAAAUUCUGUUUAUUUUUUCCUAUACAAUACUUUGAAAUGUGAAUUUGUAGUACAGUGUAAGUAUUUUUCUCCACAUUUCUUCACACUGCGACGCUCACUUGUUCCAGGCCGCUUUGAUGGUCACUCUUGAUCUGAAUUUGAUAGGAACAUAAUCCAGUUACAACCACACCGCCUCCAGCAGAUUGAUCACGGUGUGGCUAUUGUAGGGAACUCUUACGGAAAAUGCCCGUUUGUUUAAUGAAACGCAAUAAAUUUUAAUCGGAAAAAAUUGUAUGUUGGGAGCUAGAUAAUUUGAUAAAAGGGGAAGGAAUAAAAAAAAUGAUGAAACUCCGAAACCACUUUCCUGGCUUGCUGUGUUAAAACGGUAUAGAUCCCUACUUCCUUGCUCAGGAAAUUUUUCACUGAUUUGAAGAACCCAUCCGAGGACAAGCUCAAGCCCCUGUUCGCAAGCUCAAUUAGCCAAUCUGCCAACCGGUUUUUUUUGUUUUUGUUUUUCAUUUUUUGUUUAAAAAAAAAAAAAAAUUGGAGAAGAGCCCCUCCGACGGUCAAAGGUCACUCUCCCAUUUUGUCUGACGUACCGUCAAGGGGUUAAUUUCUUCAUGCUCAGUCCCCACAUUUCCACAUUUGGGCUACUUUUCUAGCACUUAUUCCUCCUUCUUUCACAUCUCUGAAUCCCCUUGAGAAACUUUUUAGACCGUUGCAACUCCAUUCUAGCAGUCACAACGGGAACAUUUGUAUGAGAAUUGCCGGUUCAACUCUGACGUUUCUGGUUACAGCGGUUACCCCUUACACGCGCCCUCAGAGAUUUUUUCUUCGGUUCAAUCCUGCGGUUUGGUGGACGUCAAUCAACCGUUACCAUGGUUUUAACGCGUUGGCCAAGAGAAGAUUCAUGAAGAUUCUUUCCCGUUUCUCGAGCACUCGGAGGAACAUACCGGCGUUUAAGCCGUUUUUGCAAUAUUUUGCUACAGGAUCUGACACCGCUUCAUGUCAAGAUUACGAGGAGUACGAAUUUGUUGAGUGUUUGUCGGAGGAAAAUCCAAAUUAUCGACUUAUUUACCCACUAUAAGUUACAACAACAUAAGCUUUCUCAAUACACGCUCGCAAAUCGUGUGAGUUCUUCUUGGUACAGCAAGUAGUUCUGGAUUCUAUUCGAUAACAUAAAGAAUGAUAAGUAGAAAUUCAUUUUCGAAAACAGCCUCCAUUCAGAGGAAACUUUUUUCCCUUGUCGGUGUGUUAAUUGAAUUUCUAUACUCCUUGGCAAAUCGUGCACGGCUCCCGUGUUUUCAUACACUCAAAUAAAUAGACAACCUGAAAACCUUUACGUAAACUAUAGAGAGUGUUUCGUCUAUUUCACGCAGCUCGCAGAGACCUCGUUGUUUUAACAGCGUUAUACUUACCUGAGAAAUUUAUCCAAUUUUAUUGGCUUAGAGCAGUGGUAUUUCAGCUUACAUGUGGAAAUUACAAACUGUUUGCGGGUUAUAGUAUAGGCAAAUAUUAAUAGAAUGAUUUGUACGUGAUAUUUGGCAUAAAUACCACUCGUGAUAUUUCAAAAUUGUCUCAAAUUUCACUCGCCUAACGGCUCGUGAAAUUACUUAUAACAAUUUCGAAAUAUCACUGGUGGUAUUUAUGCCAAAUAUCACGUACAAAUCAUUCUAUUAAUAUUUGCCUAUACUAUCACCCGCAAACAGUUUGUAAUUUCCACAUGUAAGCUGAAAUACCACUGCUCUAAGCCAAUAAAAUUGCAUAAAUUUCUCAGACAAUAUCACUACAAUUCAUGUUAUUACCUAUACUAAUCCUUCAUCUUGAUGAAAUACUUAAAAACGCUGUCGUCAUACGAAAUUUCUUCUCCCUUCAUUCAGCGACGAGGAAACCUUCUCUGUCAGAGCGAUUGAGAAAACCAUGGAAACAGUUGAUAGACGUCCACGAAAACUCAGGUUUUAACAGAGAGAAAAAAACAAGGCGUUGUGCGUCACGACCCACAAAGGUUCAUGGGUAAAACUGUUGCUGCGCCACAUUUCAAUCGUGACACGGUCGAGUUCGCAUCUCGUGAGAGAGAUGAAUCAAACUUAGGGAUCAAAACACUGCUUCCUUUUCUGAAAAAAGUUACGGAACAGAGCGAUUUGGAGAAUUUUCAGGAUCUCAUGGUGGCCUUAGAUGCUUGCUAUUGGCUUCAUAAGGCAAUUUCAAUAGGUUUAUCGCGAUUCGGAGACGAUCGAAGGUGCCACAAGUCUAGCCGAUUCUAAGCGGCGAUUCCUUGCUUUUCAGAAGAUCUUAUGUACUGUUUGGUUUAUAUGUAUAUUUUUAUCUCAGAGUGUAAGAGAUCUGUAGUUCACACCUGGAUUUGCUUAACUAAAAAGAAUUCCUCCAUUAGUAGUGUUUAUGUAUUUGAUGGACUUUAUUACCGGGCAAGGAGGGGGAGCGCGAGCAAAGAGCAAGGUGAGAAAUCGCCUUUCAUAACAAUUUUAUUUUCAUCGAAAUGUCAUAUCAUUUUGCAAACAGUGCCCGUUUGUGAUCCUAUGCGCAAAUAAAUCUUCUAUCAGGCAAGGGGAAGCAGACCGAAAGAGCCGAACAGCUACAGCAUAAUGGGAAUUUCACUGAAGCUACAGCCGCAGAAAUAAACCACCAUCUUCUGGAUCUUUUCUGUGCGUUCAUUGAAGUGAGCGUAGGGUAUCGAUUUUGUUAUGUACCUAACCUUAGUUUUAAAAUCUUGUAUGAUGUUGUCUAGAUCUUCGAUAAUGGUUUUGUGUUUUGGUAUAGAGAUUUCUUACAAUUUAUUCCUUCACGUAAGUUGACAUAAAGAUUCGUAUACACAUAGCACACACUGCAUGCAAAUUAUUUUAAACUCACGCUUUCAGUUUUCGCAUUGGGUUACGAAAAUUGUUCUUUUUUUUCCGAAGGUAAUUACAAUAUUCAAACUUAUUUACCUUUUCUGGUUUAAAAUGGAACAAACUCUUCUUGGAUUUGGCGUUACACCCUUCACGUCGGCUUCCGCUUCGGCAAGUCAGUUUCAGCCCGUUUCCCGGGAGUUGUCAGCUAGUACUGUCUUGGCUGAGACGAUCUGUUAAUUCCAAGACACUUUCAACGGCUCAAAACGGGAAAACUAACAGGGGUAGACCUGGGUAGACCCCAAGAUUUGCAAAGAAGAAAGGUUAAAGUAACAAGAUGACCAAAAUAAUCCGAUAAAACCGUUAACAGUAACCAGAAAAAAAUCCAAGAAGAACGGCAAAAACAACACUGAAAUCAUCAUGGCGGCUUGCAGUCAUGACCGAGCAAUUCAAACUAUUCACAAAUGCUCAAGAAAGCAAAAUAUUUAAAGGUAACGUAAAUCUGUGCGUUCAUUGAAGUGAGCGUAGGGUAUCGAUUUUGUUAUGUACCUAACCUUAGUUUUAAAAUCUUGUAUGAUGUUGUCUAGAUCUUCGAUAAUGGUUUUGUGUUUUGGUAGAGAUUUCUUACAAUUUAUUCCUUCACGUAAGUUGACAUAAAGAUUCGCAUACACAUAGCACACACUGCAUGCAAAUUAUUUUAAACUCACGCUUUCAGUUUUCGCAUUGGGUUACGAAAAUUGUUUUUUUUUUCCGAAGGUAAUUACAAUAUUCAAACUUAUUUACCUUUUCUGGUUUAAAAUGGAACAAACUCUUCUCGGAUUUGGCGUUACUCCCUUCACGUCGGCUUCCGCUUCGGCAUGUCAGUUUCAGCCCGUUUCCCGGGAGUUGUGCUAGUACUGUCUUGGCUGAGACGAUCUGUUAAUUCCAAGACACUUUCAACGGCUCAUAACGGGAAAACUAACAGGGGUAGACCUGGGUAGACCCCGAGAUUUGCAAAGAAGAAAGGUUAAAGUAACAAGAUGACCAAAAUAAUCCGAUAAAACCGCUAACAGUAACCAGCAAUGAAUCCAAGAAGAACGGCAAAAACAACACUGAAAUCAUCAUGGCGGCUUGCAGUCAUGACCGAGCAAUUCAAACUAUUCACAAAUGCUCAAGAAAGCAAAAUAUUUAAAGGUAACGUAACUACUAUCAAGAUUAAGUGUUCCGACAACUUUCCACGGCAGUACAGUGUAGAAAUUACACACAAAAGCUUGGAAUAAAGCGAAAAUUUCACCAUAUACACCUCUGAAAACGGCUCGUCGUAAGCGCGAAAAUCACUCUACAAACAACGCAUUCUGAUUGGUCGAAUCUCGUGACGCACACCGCCUGGAAAAAAACCCUUGGAGGGCGCGUGUUAGAGGUAACCGCUGUAAAAAUAGGUGAUGCAGUCACGCGAAACAAGCCGUGCAGGCAAAAUCAGUUCGCCCCUGAAUGAGUAAAGAACAUUUUCAUAAGGAGUUGAGUAGAAUUAUAUUGAACAGAUUAUAUUAUAUAUCCUAAGCUUUAACUAUAGUUAUAGAUAUGAAAUAAAUCUUGUCUAGAUGAUGUUCGCAGUUAAUUCAUCGAUUCAGCGCAGCAAAGAUAAAACUGGUCGGAUACUGGGCACCUGACAUUAAUACUUAGUGAAUGUUUCUGACCUCCGUUAUUCCAAAAAAUAUAUAAAUUGAAUUUCAAGAAGAAUUGAUGACAACCUUACUUCUUUUAGUAUCUUCACUUCAAAUAUAAAACAGUUUUUGAAAAUAUCACAUAUUACCAACCUUAUUUGAACAGCACUAGUUUUACUGCGCAGUAAACAGCGUUAAUAUUAGCCAUGAACAGUUUACUCACUGAACAGAACAGCGCCUUCUGCAACUGUCUCUCAAGCUGCAAACACGCCAAAACUUGCAUUUUAAAGCUGAAAUAUUCAGUUCCCGUUCGAAAUACUUCGUUUACCGAAAACUGCAAUUGAAUUUUUGUUUUAGGUGGCCGGAUAUUGGUACCGGCCGGAUACUGGGCAACAUACUAUAUAUAAUCAUCAUGUUAUAAAGGAUAUAACUUGUGUCGGACGUUCCUUCCAACAGCUCAUUUAUGGUAAGCUGCCAGAUUGCAUAGACCGAAUUAAACUGUCGGUUGUAUUGGGAUAUCCCCCUGUUAGUGUUGAUAUUAGUAAUUUCUUUAAUUUUUUUUUCAUCACUGUUUGGUGAAGAUCAAUCUUUCUUACCUGUAAGUCACAAAAGCGGUGUUGAUUUUAUUGCUUAUAUAAGUAUCUCUUAUCUGUCCGCAUUAACUAAUUUUCGAGGCAGGACCUCGAAAACCCGAACUCGGAUAACUCGAAUUCUCCGCUCACUCGAACUAAAUUUCCUUUCCCUUGAUCAGAAUUUCACUGAAAUUUACCCCUAUAACUCGGAUUCCCCACUAACUCGAACUGUUUUUCGUUUCCUUUCAGAGUUCGAGUUACCGGGGUUUUACUGUAGUUACUCCCCGAGAGGUGUACCACUAUCUUGAAUAUUUUUCUUUUUAGGUGUACCUACAUCAUUCGAAGUGUCAGCCGAACCUCAAGGUUGUUAUGCAGCUCUUUCAUGGAAGAUCCCGUCAUAUAAUUCUUGCCCGAUAACUCGAUACACCGUUCACUACAGGCAAUCUAAUCAGCUGAUAAUGUGGCAAACAACCUUCAUAGAGCGAAACUUAACCAAAUAUCGUCUUAGGCUGAACUGCAGUAGCACCUACAAAAUUAUGGUUCUAGCAUGGAAUGACCGUGGAAGCAGCAUAAAAGAUGCCAAAGUGCUGGCCGUGACAACAGAAGAGGGUAUUAGGGUCGUUAUGUGUUUCACAAACCGAGGUGGUUUAUGGAGAUUUUGACCGCUGAGAAUCAACCGACGUUUCUCACAUUUCUUGUACCGGCUCUCCAUUAUGCACUUUUGUUAGGGUUUAGAAGCCUGAAUUUCAGACAUUACUUCGAGUCGCUUACUCCCUCAGUAACGUCUGAAUCGACCAGCUUUAAGGCCAUCCAGUGACGUCACCACCCGAAACCAGGUAGUGAUUUUGAUUGGUUGAUUGUCCAAACAUUUGCAUAAUUAUUCAUAAUUAUGAGAAAUUUUAGCGGGACUGUCGUUUGACAUUUAGCGGAUCGCUUGCGUGGAGUUCAAAAAUUUCGAUAAUCUUUAUCGUAAACAGGAAAAUUUGUCUUUGUCUUUGAAACUAUUUAACUACGCAUGAAAAAUCAAUGCGGAGAGUCGGUAGGUUUUUUAUUUAGAGCCGCUUUAUGGUUUCGGCAGUGAAUUUGUUUGUGCGAAGCUUUUAUGAGAUUUAUAAUUUGAACUUCCUGUCAAUUCCACCGUCAAGUGUAACGAUUCUGUUAGCUUUUCUUUCGUUUUUUCUGUUUUUCUUUCAUUUUCAUUAAGGAACAACAAAUAGCUUGUUUCCUUCUAAGCAAAUUGUUGUGCUUUGAAGUGUCCCGUGUGUAUAUUUAUUUCAUCGCCUGACCGCGAUCGUGUUAGAUUACUAACUUGCAACAGAUCUAGAUUCGUUCAGAGUACUGCAUGCAGUUGAUAGUUUGAACGUUCAACGUGAAUUACGAUUUAAUAGUAAAGCAACUCUGUACUAUGUUCGCCUUUACCUGACGGUAUUUCUUUGACUUUUCUUUGUUUCCCAGUUGAAAAUCGUGUUUUACUUUUUGCAUGAAUUAAGGCAAAGGGUAGUGACAUAACUGGACGGCAUUAACGGUCGGUCGAUUCAGACGUCACUGAGGGAGUAAAAACGACUCGAAGUAAUGUCUGAAAGUCAGGCUCAGAGUUUAGAGUAUUUCCUUAACUUACCUGGGCCGGGCUAUUUAGUUUCAGUGUACCUUAUUACAUGAAAUUUUCGCGACAUGUUUAUUUCGCGAUUUUGCGAAAAUUUUAUAUUUUGAAUCGCGUUAAUUUCGCGCGUUUUGGAGCACCUCAAUUCACAUUUCAUUGGCAAUGUUUUUUAACAUGUUCUUGAAUAAAAUAAAUCGACUUUAUCAAAGGAGCAAUAACGUCAAAAUUAAGAAAAUGCAACAGCGGGACUAAAUGUCAACAGUAUUAAACAACAAAGCAGUUCUCACAAUGUCCACAAGCAGUUCAUGCUUGUACGUAAACUAUUGUUCUUGAGUCAAUUGACCACAACAUCUAUUUACACUAAAAAUUCCUUGCUACACACUUUGCCCGGAGGAAAAAUGAACAGUAAAAAAAUGUGAUUUUGUAAACGUUUCAGAGGUAAUAAACUCGUUCUUUCUUGAUUAUUGAUAUGUGUCACUAAAUUCACUUAAUUUUCGCGUCAUGUUAUGUUCGCGACACUUAUUGUUCGCGUCACUUUAAUUUCGCGAUUUUUUUGGUGUCGGGAAAAUUUCAUGUAAUAAGGUACACUGAGGUCAGUUUACACUUAAUAUUUCCCAAGUUGGCGACACCUGACAGGUUAAGAUUGGCUUGACCUGCGAUCAGGCGUUUCUUUCUUUUUUUUUUUUUUUUCUGGGAAAGGCGAAAAAAGAACGCCUGAUACAUUGGUAGUCUUUACACUAGAGCCUAAAUAAGCUAAGAAAUAUUUCAAGGCAAGUAAAUUUUAAUUACUCCAAGUAUGAUAAAGCUUCACACAAGAUCGAUUCUUUUUUACUUGAGGUUAACUUAAGGCUAUUUUCCCACGCAACAUAACUAAGAUUGAUUGACGUGUUUCGCCUUUCUCUAAGGUAAGUCGGUCUUAAGGAUGGUUUUCAAGUCACUUAAACUUUCUUGAAUCUUUUCAUCUUUCCUACUUUAACAAGAUGCAAAGUUAAGUUAUUUGAGAUUUUACUUGGGCCUUCACACACGCAUUUUUGGUUAAGUAAAACUUAGCAGCUCUUCAGUCUUACUUAACAGCCUAGUGUAAAGACAACCAUUUACUCCACGAGUCGCCUGCCGCCCCCUAAUUAAGGCAUCUGUCAACAUUUGUGUUGUCGUGUCAGAUUUUAGUGGAAACUCAAGCGAUUUUCAACCAAUGAAAAUGUAACCCCAUUAUACUAAAUUUAGCCGUGAAAAUGCGACCCCAUCCAGCGGCACAUUCCCAUUAACCAAUUACUUCUAGGAAGUAACCCCCUCCCCGUCGAAGAAGAAAUAGCGGAUAUCCUUACCGUUGACAAAUAACAACUCGUCCUCAUGGGCUGUCAAGGUUUUUCUCUCUGCAUUAUUGACUUGAUUUCCUAAAAAAGUAUUUAUUUAUCUUUUUUUGAGACCUAGCUUUUAGCCUUAAGCGAUCAUUUUGGGGUCAGUUCUGUCGUGAAGAUGCGAAGGUGACAAAACCUAUCUAAUUGCACCUGAAGUCAAAUAUGUUGCUUGUAACCAAAUGAUGCAGGGCUGCGAAGGAUCUUUUGUUUGUCAACCUAUCAGACAAAAGUCCAGAAUCUGGACUACGAGCAGACGACGCGUAAAGUAAUUUAUCAGGCUUCCUUUUCCCCUCGUCUCCCAAACAAAAGGGAAAAAGGACCGCCUGAUCGCAGGUUAAGAUUGACUUAGAAACUCAAUUUUGUAGACCUCCUGAAUUGGUUGUAAGUGAGAUUUCGCACUCGAAAUGUUGUGCUUUGUCCUUAUCGGCAGCCUAAAUAUCACACACUAAUUUUAUUAUAGGCGUUCCACUUCAGCAGGAACCGCCUGGAGUCAAACAAAGACAGUGUGGAGUAUUUGAAGUCACUUGGAAUCCACCAUCCCUAGACUCUGGUGGCGGUCCUCUAACUGGCUAUCAGGUCCAGAUAAGUACGCCAAGAGAUAGAAGUGGUGGCUGGCGUAACUGCACGGCCUUCGUUUCAAAUCAUAGCUGUUUGUUCACAGACCUCAAAAGUGAGACAGAGUAUCGCAUUCGAGUCCGAGCUUUCAAUAAGAAGGGGCCAGGCCAAUGGGCAGACACUUCAGAAACAACGGAUUUAAUUCGUAAGUAUUAUAACUAUCUUAAUACUGUUGUAUUACACAUAGUUUUAGUUUGUGGUACUUAUAUACUUAUUAUAGCUUCUUUUACAUCUCCCUUCAAGAUUUAUCUGUAUGUUUAUCAAUUCAUGCAGUCAUUCCUUCCUAACCUACCUAGAUAAAGUUAGUAAGUGGUUCAUAUCUAAUCAGCUUACCCUGAAUAUUAAUAAAAACAAGUUUUUUAACAUAGGUAGCAGCCAGCGCUUGAAAAAAUUGAAUUCAAUCUCAAUUACCACUGAUGAUAAGGCCUCAGUAUUGAAGAAGUUAGGUCCUUUUCGUACUUGGGUGUGGAUAUCAAUAACCAUCUAAUAAGUUGGCAAGAUCAUAUUGAUUAUAUCAGUAAUAAGACAAAUAAGAAAUUGGAACUUCUUAGACGUAAAAAAUUAUGUUUACCACUGGAGGAUAGGCUUAUGUUUUUUAACAGUUACAUCCUACCUAUAUUCGACUAAUAUUAUUUGGGGAGAUAGGGGUAACGUGGCUUUAAUGGAAUAACAAAAAGCGCGUAUAAUUUUAGAUUUACCCCCUCGUACAUCUAGCCACUUAGGCUUGAGAUAAACGUGGGUAGAAAUUGCUCUCAAGAAGACGUGUUUUAUGAGCAACUUUAUGUUUAAGUGCCAGAGUAACAUAUUUACACAUUCUUUUAAUGUUGUCUUAAAUAGAGAACAUCAUGAUUACAAUACCAGGCCUAAGGAUAACGUACGAAAGGCUUUUUCAAAUAGAAAUUGGGUUCUUUGGACUUCAACAAAUUUUUCUUCAAACGAAUGGAAUAAUCUAGACAAGUCAUUGAGGAAGUUCAAGUCACUUGAAAAAUUUAAAAAGGCAAUCCGUAAUGUAAUCAUUCGAUUAAUUGAUAGUUAAUUCAUAGUAAGUUUUAAUUUAGUCAUAGAUUUGUCUUACUCACUUAAAGUUUUUUAGUAGAAAGACCCUUCUGUAAAGCACUUUAGGGUGAUUUGAUUAAUUGAUAGUUAGUUCAUAGUAAGUUCUAAUUUAGUUAUAGAUUUGUCUUAUUCACUUAAUGAUUUUUAGUAGGAGGACCCUUCUGUAAAGUACUUUAGGGUGAAGUAGGCAUCCUCAAUUGAUUAAUUGAUUGUCGUUAUUAUUUCCUCAUUCGUCCUCCUUUCUUUUCACAAUAUUAGCAUUCAUUUUCUAAUUGUGCAAUGUUAACCUUUGAGCGUUUUCAUUUAUAUGGUUACACCUCUGCUUUACCUUUAACACCAAUUAAUUGAUUUUUCUUCGCUGAUAAACAUCGUUUUGUUUUAUGGAGAUAAUUAAUUAAUUAGUUUAUUAUAGGACCGCCCGGUGUUUCCGAAAUAAUAAACAAUGAAACAGAAAUCCCUGGGAUGAAACCCAUUGUAACACUGCAGUGGACACGCCCGAACGAGAGAUACUGCAAUAUCACCAUGUAUUCAUUGCGCUACAAAGUAGUUCAACCAGCCACCGAGAAAAUAACGGAAACAAUAAAUACCACCAACGCCAGUUUUACAAGUUUAGUGCUUGAAUUCCAACACAGCAAGAAGUAUGAAGUAACUGUCUUUGCUUGGAAUUACCUGGGAAGCAGUAAAGCAAGCACACCAUGGGAAGUGAGAACAGCACAAUGUAAACAUACUUUCUUUGGUUAAAUAAUUAAAUAAAUAUAGAGAGCCAUAUUGUGUUGCUUCUUGGACUUGUGUGUUUGAGCGUGUGCGGCCGCCAUGGUUUCAAAGAUCGACGAGCUUACCUGCUUCGAAAUUUAUAUAAUUAUGUAUUUUGGAAUACGUUAUUUUUCUGACAUGCAAUCAAAUUCUUAUCCCAUAUGGAUUUACGGAUUUUUAACUUAUUAGAGUAUUUUGGGAAGAAAAUUAUUCCUUUGACAAAAAGAUUGCGAUCUUCCUUAAAAGACGAUUCACUUCAAACUCAUAUCGGCCAAUAACACUAAAAAGAUCUUACUCUAUGUCAUAAAACAAAUAGCAUGGGUCCAAGUAAGCAAGUAAGGCAUUAAUAUCUAAUAAGCAAAACUUUCUUGUUAAAAGUGAAUUAUGAUGAUAACAGGAAAAAAGCUUUCUGGGGGUGGGGCAAUUAAAGCACCAUAGCCUUAUUAAGACUUUUGAGAAGCCAAAAACUAAGGUUGGUAAAACUGUUAACAGGAGACCUCAAUCGGAUUGGUUAAAGAUUUUAAUACUCUCAAAAUUUCUUUCACCGUUUAAACCUUAAAAUUAUACCAUACAGUUCUCUCAGCUUGGAGCGCAGUUGUAUUUCUUAAAAGUCUUUGCUAAUCUAAAUGAUCUCUGCUCUUUUCAUGCAAGGUUUUAUUUAUUUAGUUUAUUAAAAAUACUGUCACUUUUGAUAGAUGUUCCAUAUCCCGUUACGCGUUUGGAUUUUAAACGAGGCUGUAGCUCUAUGAACUUAACUUGGAAUCCACCAUCACGUGACGCCGAUGGAGAAAUAGUGACAGGGUACCGUGCACAGAUAAAAGCGGCCAGUUCCGAAGGACCAUGGACAACAAUAAACGUUUCUCAGUCAACUCAGUCAUGUCUAUUUACCCAUCUUAAGCCAAACAGCAAGUACCAUGUAAGAGUAAUGGCGCAGAACAAAAUGGGAAAUGGUUGGCCUUCUAAUGUAUCUACGAUUCCCCAAGCAGGUGAUUUAUGACGAAAAUUUGUCAAGUGUGACUCAAUUCGUCCAACCGAAUCCCGAUCCUAUGAUUGUCUCUCUAAGUUUAAAUUAAUCCCGUGCGUUGUGAGGUUGUUUUGCCCAUCUCAAUUACAGACGAAACACUCGUAAGCGACCGCCUUUGUAAUUCGUAAAGUCCUCGCACCCCUAGGGCUGGAUUCGUUAACUAAAAUCAAAUUAGAAUCUCUUAUCAAAGCAACCAUGUGAUAAGCCUAUAGGGACGGCUGCUUACGAGAACGUUGAACAGAAAGGUUGGUAUAUGUUAUUAAUUACCCAUACAUUCUUAUUAAUUGGCCAUACAUUCUUUUUUUCAAAUGUAAUGGGAUAUUAAAGCCGGAUUAUGUUAUGUAUUACCCUAAGUUUGAUCACAUGCUUUUAUUUAAGUGUUGAAUGAGUAGUCGCAUAUGAGAGCUUAACAUCAAAGAAAAAGACCAGAGGCGGUCGCUUAAAGAGCUUUUCGUUCUAGAGUAGACUCCCGAUAACUCGAACCUUUAAGGGAAAUCCAAAAAAGUUCAAGUUAUCGGGAGCUCGAAGUAAAUAGCCGGAAGUAAGGGAAAAACUAGUUUUUUUUUACUAUACAGUGAAAAUUUUAAUCACAUUUAUUUGUAGAAAUGGUAGGUGAAAAUUGAAAGAUACUUCUAGAUUAUAAAUCAGACCUUAAACGUGACAAAACGUAGCCUAAACAUGGGCCUAAAUAGACCACGAGGGUCUGAAUGGGGUUAACCGACUAGCGACAAAGGGCGAAAAAUAGUACUGACUACCGACAAAACAAGUAAAAAAUUACCGACUACCGACAGGAAAAAUAUUAACCGACUACCGACAUGGGCUGACAUUAUCAAUAUUUGUUUUCAGAAAAAAGAGAAUUUUGCAUUUUUUUCUAGCCGUAACAGGAAGUAACUUCUUUAAAUUUACGACUCCUCAGAUGGUCUAACAGAAAGAACUUCCUCUUUUGUUGAUACGGGUACAUUACUACAACUAAUAUCAUAAUCACAUGUACAGAAGACACACCUUAAAGAUGCUACCGACUUUUUAAAUUUUAUUGAAAAGACAAAGGUGAAGAAACUGAACGUUUCUUGUUUCGGUACGAGGAAUGUUUAGAUUAAUCAUCAAAGAAAAUUCGCUCUAGUUUAAUGGAAAGCACUAUCAGUAAAAAAAAAAAAAACCACGGUACCCCGAUGAGCACACACAGCAGUUUCCUUUCCAACAUUUUCAUGGCCGCAUAUAUUGAAACACAAAUUUUAAGCAAAACCGUCUUUAAAUUUUUAACCAACUGUUUGAAAACGCUACAUGAUAUUUUUCCCUAUGGGAUAUAAGUAAACAUGGUAGAUNCGAUGAGCACACACAGCAGUUUCCUUUCCAACAUUUUCAUGGCCGCAUAUAUUGAAACACAAAUUUUAAGCAAAACCGUCUUUAAAUUUUUAACCAACUGUUUGAAAACGCUACAUGAUAUUUUUCCCUAUGGGAUAUAAGUAAACAUGGUAGAUUUCUUCAAAUUCAUGGAACAAGUAAACGUACUUCACCCUACCGCUAUACAGGCUAUGAAAUUUACGGCCGAAAUAUCUGACACUGAGACAAUCUUUUUAGACCCGGUUGUAUGCCAAGGCACAACAUUCAACGAAAAAUGAGAAAAAGCUAUCAUUGAUGUAAAAACGCAUUUUAAACGGAAAACCUUCCAGCAUAUACAUUUUCGCCUGUUAUCACUCACCAAUUGGAAAAAAAUGGAUUUGACAAACAAGAAGCCUUGAGAACCCUACGAAAAAACUCCUCUGAGGAAGUAUUUCAGAUUUCAAAAAGCGGUUGAUGGACAGAGGGUGGCCACACAAUUUUGAAAGAAAAAUUGCUAUUAGAAGUAAAAUUCACAGAAGGAAAGCAACGCUCCUGAAACAAAACAACAAGGAAGAAAAAGAAAUAUCGCCUUUCGUGACGCAAUACAAGCCCUCAGUGUGUAUUAUAAAAGAAGCUUUAAUGAAAAAGUGUAAUCUCAUACAAAACCUACAACUACCUUGCCACUUAACCCUCGGACGGACACGUAAAGUCAUCCCCCCCGCCAAGAGGAGAGUAGAUGGAACCCCUCCCCAGAGUUUUUGAUAUGUUGCAGUAUUUCGAAGCCUUUUUGCCUUCACUGGAAAGCCUUUGAUCUUCUUAACAAGAUGAGGUAUAUUUUAUGAAUGGUGGCGCUGCUGGAGGCCUAUGACGUGACCAACAAUGGUCGCCAUCUUGGAUUUUACCAAGAAUUAGAAAUCAGGUUAAAACAGCGAGAAAUGGUAAUUGCUUGACGUGAAUAAUAACACAUAAAUAACACUUUGCAUGAUUUUUGGCACAAGAUUUACUUUUAUUUUUGAAAAAAGUUGAAUUCACUCAAACUGGCUUGACCACCUGCUACUUGUUACGUCAUACCUGGUAACCAUAGAAACUGAUCAUCACUGAACUUGUCUCAAAAUGCGUGCAAGGGAUAAACGAAUAUCUUCUGAAAACGUCAGGUGCUGAUGUUUUAUCCUCGUGGAAAAAUCCCAGAAGGGGAUGGCAUCCACACCCUCCCCCCUCCCCACUCCUCGUACGUCCGAGGGUUAAAGUGUUAUUUCUUUGAGAAAGAAAAAUUAUGGCAAAGGACAUGCUUGUUAGAGCCAAAACAUUAAAGGUAUAGAUGUGCAGCCUGUCACCCCUUGCAGUUUUUCACUAAAAACAAUUUAAGUACCCAAAAAGCUGGAGUCCAUUGAUUAAUUAAUUACUUUUUACUUUGCCCUGUAGUCGACAGGGAAACCAAGUUCGCAUUUACAAUCAAAGGUUUGGUAAUUUUAUCAGUACUCAUGAUAUUCAUUUGGCAAACAAUGGUGAAAUAAACGAUCAUGUUGCAUAAACAAACAAGGGUUAAUGGGCUUAAGUGCAAUCAAAUGAUGCAUUUUUCUUUCCUUAGGGAUCAAAGUCUAGAAACUGGGUGAAAUACACAAAAAAAUAUUAAUAACUAACCAGCGUUUUUACUUAUUAACUGAGAUUUUCCGACAACCGACAAAAAUCAAAAUGUUUAACCGACUACCGACAAAGUAACUGAAUUUUAACCGACAACCGACAAGUGGACCCUUCCCCCCCCCCCCAUUCAGACCCUCAGACCACGCGUUUACUGUUUUGAGAAGUAAAGCCAUUUCACGUUAGAUUUGUGACUAACAACGUCAGCCUUCGCUUGUAAACUAUAUGCCUACAACACGUCAAUGGGAAAUUCAAAACUCAAUGUUUCGGAUGCCAGUGCACUCUUUUUCUUUUCCACGUUUUAAGCGCUCAAAACAUGGUUCGAGGUAUCGAGGGUAGAAUUAAAGAAAUGAUCUGAGGGGAGACAAAAAUUAAUUCGAGUUAGUGGGAGGUUCGAGUUAUCGAGGGUUCGAGUUACCGAAGGUAAAAUUACAGUAAAACUAAUGUACAAUGUAUGACGGAAAUCGAUUUUGGUUGGAGUUAGUGCGAGGUUCGAGUUAGCUAGGGUUCAACUGCAUAGCUUUUAAUCAUAGUUCAAACUGUUCUGGUCGUAACUACAGCUAUUAGCUUACGAGAGUGGAGGCAAGGAAGCUUCGACUUGCUUAAGGAUUUGUUUGAAAAUCGUAGCAAAGAGCCACCUGGAUCUCCCGUUGCUUUGACGACGACAACAACAAUUACAACAUACACAUUUACACUUUAUUUACGUUGUAAAUAUGCUCAGCCAUACGGAUAGUUUUCAGAUAUCCCACGGAUAAAAUGAGGCCAAAAAUUAAACUAAACAAAUUAAAAUUUGAAUUACUAACUGAUAAGAUUAAAUACCUUAACCUGAAAUUAUGAUUUAAUAACAAAAGUUGAUAACAACAACAAAAACAACAAGAUAACCAAGCGCUUUACAGCCAAAUUCGUUGUAUCGCGCUCCGCGUUUGCAAUUAAACCUCGAAUGGGUUUUCUAUUCCGUCAAUCAUUUGAGUGGGGACGGAGUUAAUGCAAAUUACGAUGCAACGCACUCGUUCAGCUUGGUCCUCAAAAGCAAAACUGAGAAUGACUGUAGACUGCUCAAGAACACCGAAGGAAAUCGCGAUGAUGAGUCAACUUUUUGUAGAGGGCAUGAGGCAGACAUUGCUUUAUUCUUGCAAGAGACAAGAAUAAGAAAGAUCAGAGAAAUCUUUGAAGAAAACUAGUCGAUUAUAGCCCGAAAGAGGGCGAUCACAAAGACCGAACCUUAACACACAGAAACAAAAAAAGUGGAUCGGAAUGCACUAAUCACAAGUAAACAUGUGUUCCCUAAGAGGUCCGCUGCGGUGAUUGACGGAACCGGAAAACUCAAAAUUCCUUCGAAGUUUGCAAAACGCGCAGAGCGAUACAACGAAUUUGGCUAUAACAUAUAGGUUGGAAUGUUUUAUUAGCUAUAGGAUAAUACAUGUUCUCGUCUUCUUAUAGUUAUGUCGUGUUUUACAGGUGUCCCUAACACGCCUGUGUUCGACGUUAUAUCGGGCGAAAAAGGAAAUGAGUGUGCUGUCUCUCUACAAUGGCCCCGGGAACCAUCAUCAAGUGACUGCCCUGUACUAUUUCAUACAAUAAGCUACAGACGACAAGGUGAAAAUGAGUGGACCAGAUUGAAUAUUACAGGAAAAAAUGCCAGUAGUCGGAGGAUCUUGACAGAAUGUUCUGCGGAAUAUGAGUUCCAGCUUGUGGCGACGAAUGAAGUAGGAUCGAGCCCUUUUACUACAAAGACGUACAGAGGUAUAUAUGCAUAAAUGUGCAGAUGGUGGUCAUUGUAUAGAGCGUUGUGACAUGAUUUCACAGCGGCCAUAUUGAAAUUCCAAAAGAAUGGCAGCCAUGCAUGAAGGUGUUCCAACCAAUCUUGCGGGAAUUAAACUGACUUUUAUUGUGUAAACGCUUGCUUUUGCUCCAAUUAUUUUGCAUGCAUGCUGGGAUCAUAAGUUAAAGUACUCCGUACAUAUAGAAGGCGUUUGAGUGUAUCAGUCUAACGGAAGAAAAUAUUUACAGAGUGAUCCUGGUCGUAUUUUUCUCCAUUAGACAUGUAUUUAGGACGACGCAUUAAUUGAUCACCUAUCUUGUAACGAUCAGCGAUAUUUCCGUAUGCAUGCGUACAUAAUUAUUAGUGUGUCAGCUUCGGCCAUGUUGUGUAGUUCCGUACUAGAGAUUAAACUGUUUGGAAUCCUUAACCAUCCUAGUUGUUGGUAAAAAUUAUUACAUGGUGUCAGAAGUGAAGCACGAGAAGUAAGUUCUGCACCAGUAGAGUGAAGUUUUGGAACGAAGACAGAACGCAAAGUCCGUCUAUUCACAUCGGCGAUUUGGAAAAGCACAUGUCCCAAAAAACGGCAACUGGAGCAGGAAAUCUAGACCCUAUAGAGGAGGAAAACGCAUCUGAAGAAAACGGAAAUACACUGGCAGAAAAUGGAGGUACACCUCAAUUAAAUAACGGAAAUACAACUCAAGGAAACGCCGAAAUGACGUUGACGUUCCAUUUAGGCCUGCCUUCCCCGGAACCACUCGAUCUACGAGGCGGAAACGUCUCAGAAAACUGGAAGAAUUUCAAACAAAAGUACACAAAUUACGAAAUUGCAACUGGCGUAAACACGAAGGAAAGUUCAACCAGAGUAGUUACGCUGCUAACAGUCAUUAGCAAAGAUGCUAUCGAUGUUUUUAACCCUCUGACAUGGGAUGCAGAAGAUGAUGACAAAAAAAAAAUCGAUAAAGUAUUAAAGAAACUCGAGGAAUAGUGUGAACCGAGGAAAAAUGUCAGUUACGAGAGAUAGAAGUUUUUUUCAAGAGCCCAGGAAAGUACCGAAACCAUUGGUCAAUAUGUUAUUGUGUUGAGAAAGCUGACGUGAAACAUGUGAAUUCAGUACAUUGAAGAACUCCCUUAUCAAAGAUAGAAUUGUACUUGGCAUCAGCUACACCAAGACAAGAGAGAGAUUGCUCAGGAUUUCAGAUCUCACCCUGGAAAAGGCUAUAGAUGUGGUUCGAUCUGCAGA